GACGUUUAUUCAUUUAUAAAAAAGCAGAGCGUUUUGUCUGAAUUUCGUCCGAUUGAGACUCAGAAAUAUGCGCACUUGGAUGUGUAGUAAGAACUUUGCUUCCCACCUGCAUGGUUCCGGGUUCAGCCCCAUCUUCCGUGGGGGCCUUCUACUAUAUAGCCCGGGCCGACCAAAGCCUUGAGAAUGGAUUUGGAUUUGGUUGACGGAAACUGAAAGAAGCCUGUCGUAUGUAUGUAUGUAUGUAUGUAUGUAUGUACGUAAGACCUUGUGUUUGUCUUUGUUCCGCAUCGCAGCUUGACAACCGGUGUUGGUGUCUUUACGUUCCCGUAACAGCGGUUCGGCAAAAGGAACAGAUAGAAUAAGUACCAGGCUUAAAAAAUGAGUACUGGGGUUGAUUCGCUCAAAUAAAAUGCCCCAGUAUGGCCGCAGUCUAAUAACUGAAACAAGUAAAAGAAGAAAAAAAAUCUCUCUACCUGUCUGUGUGUCUGUCUGUAUGCAUAAUUGUGUGUGUAGUAAAUUGUUGAAAGGUGGAUGAGAGUUGAGAGUAACAUGGCAUUCCGUCAGUAACGACGAUGACACUUCGGUUGUUCCUAUAUGGAACAGCCUACUCGUGAAAUUCACGUGCAAGUGGCUGAGUACUCCGCAGACACACGUACUCUUAACGUAGUUCUCAGGGAGAUUGAAACGGGGAAAAGAUAAAAGAAAAGAAACAGUCAAUUUUGAUGACACGGGUAUACUUUAUCUUCUUUUACUCGUUUUGUGCAUUGGACUGCGGCCAGGCUGGAGCACAGCCUUCAAGAAUUUUUAGUCGAAGAAAUCAACACCAGUCCUUAUUUCUCCAAAGCCUGGUAUUUAUUCUAUCAUUCAGUUUUGUUGAACCGUUAAGUAACAGGAACGUAAACAAACCGACACUGGUUGCUAAGCAGUAGUGGUGGGGAUAAGCACAACACACACACAUGUAUAAAUGAAGGGUUUCCACACAGUUUCUGUCGAUUAAAUUUGCUCAUAAAGCAGUGGUCGGCCCAAAGUUCCAUGCAGUGGAAUUGAACUUGAAACCACAUGACUUCAAAAGGAGCUUCUUAACUACACAGCCAUCCCUGCGCCGAUACAAAUGAAAUUAUAAUAAAAAAAAACUUGUAAUAUAUAUUGACUUUUUUGACAGUGAAGUUAAAGGGUAUAGGGGUCUAUAUUUCGUAUUUAAAGGCGAAAGGGUCUCGAGUGUCUUCAGGUUCUUCUGAAAACCACACAGAAACAGGAAUUCAUUCUGGGGUUGUUCAAAUUAUUCAAGGAAGGUAAAUACAAAUACGAAUUACAAAGUUACUUCCCUUGAAUUUUUUUUUUUUGCUUCCUUGACAACCGAGUUGUCCAAAUGUAACAAGAACGGACAUCUGGAACCAUCUACUACUACUACUACUACUACUACUACUACUACUACUACUUUGCUGCAAUAUGCUACGCAUGACUAAUUUGUACCUGUAGACUAUGUGGUGAAAAGUUAAUAUAUAUACAUAUUCAAUUAUACAUGCAAUACGCUUGUGUUUAGAAAUGCAAUUAAGAAAAGAAAUAUCACCACCGCAACAUCAGCUGAUCAAUUUACUCGACAACUAUUCGGAGUUUGAAUCGUGAGGGCGUCCGCCGAGACCGUCUGGGAGUGACCACACACACACACACGUAUGUAUGGUGUCUAUGUUUGCAUGUGUACAUAUGUGAGAAAAUGGCUGUAGCUGAACGCUUUGUCGAUGCCAAGAUAGACCAAAGGAAAGUUUUGUUAUUCUGCAAGAGUUAUAUUCCCGCUUGUAACCGUAUUAUAGAAUUACUGGAACCAUUAAAUUUGGACAGUGAUAUGUACGAGAUUGUUUUCAUCGACAAAAGACAAGACGUGGUUCAGAUUGAAAACUACUUCCAAGUAUUAUGUCUCAGCGACAGCCGCGAGGUACCACAAUUGUUUAUCUGUGGCAAGUACUUUGGUGGUCCAGAGAAAAUAUUCUAUUGGAACAAAUUAGGGAAAUUGGCUGAGAAAGUCCAUGAAGCUAUCCGGGCAUCGGUACAGCAUAUAGAGACAGUGGAAGAGCCUACACCAACACCUGCACAAAAGUUGUCUACAUCGGAGUCUGUCCCGGAACCAACACCUGCACAAGAGUUGUCUACAUUGGAGUCUGUCCCGGAACCAACACCUGCACAAGAGUUGUCUACAUCGGAGUCUGUCCCGGAACCAACACCUGCACAAGAGUUGUCUACAUCGGAGUCUGUCCCGGAACCAACA